AUGCGCUCAUUAUGGAGUUCAUCAUCAAAAGGUUCUAUUGAGAAAAUUGUAAACACAUCAAGGAAAGAUUGGAAGAAAAAGCUUGAUGAUUUACUGUGGGCAUAUCGCACAGCCUUCAAGAAUCUGAUCGGACAGGAGAGGCUUCUAGAGUUGAAUGAGAUCGAUGAAUUUCAAAAUGAAGCCUAUGAAAAUGCAAAGAUUUAUAAUGAAAAUUCUAAAGCAUGUCAUUAUAAAAGGAUAAUUAGAAAGGAUUUCCAACUGAGAGACAAGGUGCUAUUAUUUAAUUCUCGAUUGAAGCUUUUUCCAGGAAAAUUAAAGUCGAGAUGGUCGGGUCCAUUCACAAUUGUUGUUUUAUUGCCUUAUGAAGCAGUACAGAUUCAUAGUAAGAAGACGGGACACUUUAAAGUGAAGCACUAUUUGGACGGACCGGUGGAGAAAUGCAAGUAUGUGUUGAGUUUAGAACCUCUUUGA